UAUCUCGUAUAACGCAUAACAUAAAGUGAUGAUUUCUCGUGUAGCGUGUGACAUAGUUUAUUCAUAAGAAUGACUAACAACAUGAUAGGUAGUAGUGACAUCAACCAGACUAGUUUCGUGUAACACAUGACAUAAAGUGUAACACAUGACAUAAUGGACAAAAUUUCAUGGUAUGCCUGUUUCUAAAGGUUCAAAUUCAUCCCACCUUAAAGAUUUCCACACUAGAAAGCAGCUAGUUCAAAGCCCUUAGGUUGUGUUUGGAUGGGGUGAUUUUUGGGGGGAAUGUAAUUCUAGAGGGUAUUUUAAAUCCUUUAAAUUGAAAUACCUAGUUUGGAUGUCUAUUUGUGGAAUUGUGAAAAUACUGGUAAUUAAAAGAGGUAAUUUAAUGAAGGGAUUAUAGGGUAAUCAAAAUACCCUCAAAAUUGGAAGUAAUUGGAAAAUCCCUCACUGCUCGUGUCUCUCACUCUCUCGUUCUCGCUCCCAAUCUCACUCUCUGCAAUCUCGCUCUUUCGAUCUCGUUCUCACUCCCGAUCUCACCCUCUCGCGAUCUCGUUCUCUCGUUCUCGCUCUCCCGAUCUCACUCUCUCUGCAAAUCCCGAUCUCACUCUCUCUGCAAUCUCGCUCUCUCGUUCUUGCUCUCCCGAGUCAUGGAGUGGCUCUUUCUUCCCUCUUGAUUCAGGCUACUGCUAUAAGUGGAUACACUAGCAACUCUGCUUCUGCCAAGAAGUGCAGAAAGAAGAAGUUAACAAAUGGAUCUUAGAGUAGUUGACACUUCAGUUCUUUUACGAAAACGUAAAAGAAAUGAAGAAGAAGAGGCAAAAUUGCAGGAGCAAAUAGCAUUCAUUGUUGCUAGUGUCAUUGCUAUGCUUUUAGGUGUAGUAGCUUGGUAUCAUGAGAUGCAUUUUGUUAAGGAACCGUCCCGAAAUUGGGAAUUGGAGAGAAGCAAUUUCCUUAAUCGUCUGUUUAGAGGAACCGAAAGUGAGGAGCUAUUGGAACAUUUGCUAUAUCGACUUGUUGGUUGCCGGGAGAGAUGAGGGGAAAAAGGAAAAUGGCGGAAGCUAGUAAUGAGGAUAAGAAAGAUGAUAGCAGAGCUUACUUUACUUGGAACUUGGAGAUGGACCGUGCACUUGCUGAUAUACUUAGAGAUCAAAGAAGCAUGGGAAACAAGAGUGAUGGUGCAUGGAAAGCAGUGGCAUAUAACACUGCGGCUCAAAUGUUGUCUUCACGCUUCAAUUUGCAACUUAUUGGAGAGAAUGUUAAAAACCACAUCAAGCUGUGGAGAUCAUGGUAUGGCAUUGUUAGUGACAUCCUUAGUCAAAGUGGUUUUGAUUGGGAUGGAACCAAAUAUAUGAUUUCUGUUACAAAUGAAGAUGCAUGGAAUGAGUAUGUCAAGUCACAAAAUGACGCUAAGAGGUUUAGAUUUAAGGUGAUUGCUAAUUGGGAUGACAUUGUAGACUUGUGUGCUAAAGAUAGAGCAACAGGAAUUGGAGCGGAGACAUCCUUGGAUGCAGAUGACAUCAUGAGCAAAGAAGCAAAUGAGGAUGGAGCUUAUAUUGUGGAUAUUGAUGCUGAUGAACAAAGCUCUACAACAAGGAAAAGCAAACAACCAAUGGAAUUCAAAAAGGGAAAAAGUGGAGAGAAGAAUGGGAUAAUUACUUCAAUGAAUAAAGUGACUGAGUCAUUGAGUGAAUUUGUGCAAGCAACUAGAAAAGGGGUGAAAAAUGUCCAAGAAGUGGUUCAUGAUGUGAUGGAUGAGCUAAAGAACAUUCCGGACCUUAAUGCCACUCAAUGGAUAAAAGCAGUGGAUUGGCUUUCAGAAAAUCCAAAUAAGUUGGAGAUUUUGAAAGCUCUUCCCAUGGAGAGAAAGAAAGAUUACAUCUUAGCUUUUAUGCACUGAUUCGUGAUUUGCUAUAGUUUAUGGACUCAUUUGUAGUGUUUCCAACUUUUCAUUAUGCCACUGUUGAGACUUUGUUUUAUUUAUUUUUCAUUUGGAUUGAUGUUAGCACUUGUUAUAAACACAGUUUGAAAUUUAAAUAAUAGAAAAUGUGAUAUCUC